ACAACGUGCUGUGAAUUAUCCUAUACAAAAUGAGUGUCAUAAGUCACCAAGGAUGAUCGCAAACCACAUGCAUCUUUCCUGGUUGUAUAGGAUCAAUGGUUCCUGUUAACCUCGUGCUGAGGUACGGAAAAUUGUGCCUAACAGCGUUAGCCUACGCAUUAGCUAGGUUUUAAUAACUGGUAACGUUUAUCAAGGCAUGCGAUCGGAAAGCAAUACUUGUUACUUAACGUUAAUUUACUCGGGUUGUUUGGUGCUAAGCUAGGUAGGAAGCUAGCAAGCUAAUGGGAACUGAAGAAUUUGUUCCUGCUUAGCAGAAGUUACUUCUAAGCAAAGGGAACAUUUUAAGUCCAAGAGAUGAGUUCUCAGAGUUCGCCAGGGUCCGUCAACGGUAUUACGCCGUUUCAGCAGAUGGUUGCGUCUUGCUCUGGUGCAAUUCUUACAUCAUUAUUUGUCACGCCUCUGGACGUCGUCAAGAUAAGACUACAAGCUCAGACAAAUCCAUUUCCAAAAGGAAAAUGUUUUGUGUAUUGUAAUGGCCUUAUGGACCACAUCUGCGUGUGUGAAAAUGGGAACUCCAAGGCCUGGUACAAAGCACCGGGGCAUUUUAACGGCACAAUUGAUGCCUUCAUUAAGAUAGUUCGAAGGGAGGGGAUUAAAUCUCUCUGGAGUGGUCUUCCUCCAACACUAGUCAUGGCAGUACCAGCAACAGUAAUCUACUUCACCUGUUAUGACCAGCUGUGUGCGGCCCUGAAGGUCAGAAUGGGGGAGAGAGCCGGUGAGGCUCCGCUGUUGGCUGGGGCUAUCGCCAGAGUGGGCUCAGCCACGGUGAUCAGUCCCCUGGAGUUGAUUCGCACUAAGCUGCAGUCGGAGAAACAGUCGUACAGAGAGCUGAGCGCCGUCAUCCGCUCCUCGGUACAGAGUGAAGGCUGGCUCUCGCUGUGGAGAGGCUGGGGACCUACACUGCUUAGAGAUGUCCCCUUCUCAGCUAUGUACUGGUAUAACUACGAGAAAGGCAAAGCUUGGCUUUGUGACCAUUACAACACUAGAGAGACGACCUUCACCAUCGCGUUUAUAUCGGGAGCGGUGUCUGGAUCGAUUGCGUCGAUUGCCACUUUGCCGUUUGACGUGGUGAAGACAAGGAGACAGGUGGAACUCGGGGAGUUGCAGGCAAUGAAUUUGUCUCCCAAGGCCUCGUCCUCCACCUAUCACGUGAUGAAGAGAAUAGUCGCUGAAAAUGGGGUCACAGGACUCUUUGCAGGUUUUCUGCCCAGGCUGAUUAAGGUAGCCCCAGCAUGUGCCAUUAUGAUCAGCACAUAUGAAAUUGGCAAAACCUUUUUCCGCAAACACAACCAGGAGAAACAAGUACUGGUCACACUUCAAACCAGCAACACCUGAUCAUACACACACACACAGAUUUCUUGCCUCCAGUUGGGAGAACAGCUAAACACGGAGUCUUUCUGAUAUUGAGUUGAGGGGGCAAGAAAUUGUAGAUAUAGACAUUAUUCAGUAUGGUAGUUUUUUUGGUUUUUUAAAUUACAUUUUGAAAAAUAAGUAUCAAACAAGGCAAGAUUCAAACAAGCAGUUUUUUUACGACAGUUUUUUCCUCUCCUUUUUCCUCUAGAGAUUUAAUUAUUCACCGUCUCAUCUAACAUAAAGCACAAUAAAAUAAUGUACAUAUUAUUAAAUAUUUUAAUUUAUUAUGCGACAGUCAUACACACUGUGGUAACAAAAAUGAUCAGAAACACAGGACCGAAGUCCAGAAACACACAGAUCGACCAAAUUCAAAUCAAUUUCACAACCACUAGUUUUGUUGACACAGAUUUAUAAACACCUUUUGUCUCUUUGUUCAGAACUCAGUGUUAAUUCAUACUCUGAUUUCAGGUUGAGGGAGUAAGUAUAGGAAAUAUGAAUGAAACCUGAACUUAAUACAAACAGUUUGAACAAUCCAUGUGUAGUUUUGGUAAUGUGAACAUAAUUAGUGCCUCUGUUGUUAAAAUCCUUUUUGAGGAGGAACGUUGAGGAAGACUUUGCCUGCGUAACUUUUCCUGUAAUACAGUGUAUUGCAGAAAAUUCCUUACAUGUUCCCUUUAUAAGGCUGAGCUGUUCCUACAGGUUGACAUGAAGUUUUUAUAUGAUAUUUAGGUCAAAAUUGAAGUGCUGUAUUAAUGAAGAUGUCUAGACUGACCCACAAUGUCUUUGUCUCUACAAAGAAAACAGAAAUUGCAAACACUGUUUUUCUGCUUCAUUAUCUAUAGUAAGCUGAAUUGCAAAACUGGCAAUUCCUAGUGUUUGCAAAUCUGAGUUUGAACAAACUGUGCACUUUAGAAUCAUAUGUUUUAUGUACACAAGGCAUUUUUUUUUUGCCCACAUCCAUACAACAGUGUCAGUUGAAUGACCAAGUGCAAGGUCAUUCUUUUUUCAGGCAGCAUUCUUUUUUUUUUCCCUGUUUGUUUGUUUAUUUGUUUGUUUGUUUCUGCCAUUUCAAAGCGUAUGAGAGAGGUUUUCAGUUCAGUUCUUAUUCAUACCAUAGAACGUAUCAGUAUCCAAGACCAGUCUUGGAGGACUGGGGUUCUGCUGCUUUCUGCCCUAGCCUGAUACUGAUAGGCUGAUUUCUGACUUGACAUACAUGCAUGUGCACUCUUCAGCCAAUCAGAAUGACUUAUUUAUAAAUAAUGGAAUAGAAUAUAUUAUGGUGCCAAAAGCUUCUGCAUUAUCUAUAUACGCCUGAAAUGUCCAAAAGUGUAGAAAACUGAAAGGAGACAUUCUACAGCAAGAAUGAGUUUUUGAUAAAACAAAAAAAAAGAUCCAGUUUUUCACGUCAUUGUUUGUUCUGAUUGAUUUUUUAUUAAUCAAUAUUUUCAUUGCCUGUUAUUUUAAAAGCUUGAGAAGCAAGUUAAGCAGUGUGUUCCAUGAUUCCAGUCCUGUCUACGCCGAGGAGAAAAAAAAAUUGGUUGUAUGUCAAAUAAAAAAG